AUGAUCUCUGCCUCCGCCACGGCCCGCCCCCUUCCCCACGCCAUCCUCGCAUCCCACCACCACCAUCCCCGCCAGAACCCUAGUUUCUGCUUCCCCUCGACCUCCUCCCCCGCCGGGAAAAUCCUGGCAUGUGCGGCUAGAGCGUCCAACGGCCCUCACCCGCCCUCCUCGUCGGAGAUUCCCUCCUCAGAAACCGCCCCUCUGCUGCCUCUGGAUGAUGAAGUGGAUUCAGCCUCCGACCAGGGAAAUGAAGACGCUGAGAGCGUCGAUGGCCUUGAAGUCGAGGUUGCGAACGCGGGGAGGAACCGGCGGCGGAUACAGGCGCGGAUCAGCGUGGACGCCGCCCUGGAGACUGUGUGGGCCGUUCUGACCGAUUACGAGGGCCUCGCCGAGUUCAUUCCCGGCCUCGCUGUUUGCAAGCUUAUUGAAAAGAGUGAAGGCUUCGCCAGGCUCUACCAGGCAAGUCGAUCUAUAUAUAUAUAUAUGUGUGUGUGUGUGUGUGUGUAUCGAGAGGGAGAGGGGGAGAGAGAGAGAGAGAGAGAGAGAGAGAGAGAGAUCUGUGGAAUUGUCUCUCUUGGUUGACUUGGGCGAAUAGAAGAAAUAUUUUGUGAUGCUAGAUUCCUACAAUUCAAGUCUGUUUCGGUUAGCAUUCAUCUAAUGUUCCAUCUAUUGAGACUACAUUCUCAUGCAGAUCGUUCGUAAUGUUCUUCUGCUCGGUAGAAUUUCACCCCAAAAAAAUUAGAAAGCGGACCUGUUUCGAUUCAGAUCUCUCCUAGUCUUCUUCUCCGCGCAAGAAUUUCACCCGAAAAGCUAGACUAAGAUGAACAUGCUUGGACUAAGACGUCUCGUACUCUUGUGCUACUUGCUAGUUUCCACCUGGAAUGAAUGCUUUUAGAAUAGUUGAUUUCCGAUUCCUCCUACGCUGGUUCUCUCUUUGCUGGCUUCUGCCUGGGUGGGAGGGAAAAAGAAAAGCUUUUGAAUGCAGAUUCCCUGUGCUGUUGGUCUAGUUAUUGGCCACUACCUACACAGAAAUUAAGAAAAAAAAAUCCUCCCAAUGAAAUGAAAGAGAUUAGAGUUCAUUUAUCUUAGUUAUUGCGACUAUGUUCAAACACAGAUUCGUUUUCUUCUUACUCUACUUGAUGGAUUCUAUCCUGAACUAUAGAGAAGUAAUAAAGUGAUAAUGUUUUCGCAUGGUUGCCGUUGUUAUGCCUACCCAUCAGCUCCAUUUCAGAUUUUUUCCAGUAUAAGUUCAUAUUUUUUCGUCUUGUUCCCUUUUUCUGUCAUGCGCCUCAAUGCUAGCAACUGGGUUCGAUAUCAAUUAUUGUAAAUAAAAAAUAAAAUUAUUUAUUUUGUGAUACUAACCCAUCUGUUGAUGUUAAUUUUUUUUUUCCCAUAUCCCUCAACGCUUGCAUCUGGAUUUUAGCCUUGAUGGAAUUAAAAGAGAUCAUUCUUGGGCUACAAUUUUCAUUGUUCUAUUGUCAUUCUCUGUGAGUUUAAUUAGUCAUUUUGCUUAUAUAUAUUGUCAGGAAAAUUUGAGAUAAUCCAUACCUUUUUAGAGCACCAGGGAUAACCUGUUCAGUCUGGGUCGUAUAGGUUGGCCAGCAGGAUCUGGCGCUCGGGCUGAAAUUUGAGGCCAAGGCAACUCUAGACUGCUUCGAGAGAGAUCUCGAGAUUCUUCCUUCCGGUCGGAGGAGAGAGAUCGGGUUCACGAUGAUCGAGGGGGACUUCCAGACAUUCACCGGCAUCUGGUCCAUUCUUCAGGUCAGACCUUUCCUCUCCAUUCCCAUUGACUUUUUUAAUUCCCGCGUAAAAUUCUCAUAAUUUGUACAGCUUCUUCUACACAUUAUAUUUGAAAAUGUUUCCUACAUUGAUCUGGGUUGUUUAGUUCAUAAUCCCUGAAGAGUUUAUCGGUGAUUAACAACCCUAAAUUCGCAAUUAAUGUUCUACAUUCUGAUGUUUGGGAUCAUAUGGGUAAUUUAGUUUAUAAUUGCUGAUUGGGAUCACCUGCCGCAGAGAGCUAGCUGUGGGAAAUUAGAACCUUUUUUUUUUUUUUUGGUAUGGGUUUUUGUUUUUAAUCCCUGAAGAACUCAUCAUGUGCCACGAUUUUGAUCAGACAUUCGCAAUUUAUUUUUCAGGUUCCUCGAGCGAUUUUCUUUGACUUUUUUUGGGUGGGCUUCUUUACCUCCUUGUAUGCUGAUCAAAAAAAAAAAAAAAAAGGGACUCAGAUAUAUGAUCGGAAUAUUAGAUGGGUAUCUUAUUUAAUUCACCAUGCUUAGUAGAAAGAUGGAGAACCAAGCAUGAGGUAGAUUAAGGAGAUCUGUAAAGGAACAUCAGCCAAUAGGGGGUGGGUGUUUGGGAUAAUUAAACUUCUGGAGGUUUGCACACUGAUAAUACCCAUGAUUUGACUUUUUCUUUAGGUCAAAUGUGUUGACCCUCCUCUGCGUCCUGAUCAGAUGCUCCGCAUUGCACUCCUCUGACUCCCAGAGCCUCUCAUAUGCACCCAUCAGAGAGACAGAGAGAAAGAUAGAAGAAUAGAGAGAGAGAGAGAAUCCUAUUGAGUCGCUCCAUGUCCAUGCAGGCGGACAGCGGGGAUGGUGAAGAAGAGGAGGCGGUGGGACCCACCAGGCGGGAAUUCACGACGGUUCUAUCUUACAUGGUUGAGCUCGAGCCGAAGCUGUGGCUGCCGGUCCGCCUCCUCGAGGGGAGGAUCCGCAGAGAAAUCAAAGUCAACCUGCAGAGCAUCCGAGAGCGGGCCCAGGGGAUCCAGAGGCUGUGA